GGGGGGGGUUGUGGGGGCGGAUGAAGAAGCGAGGAGGGGCAAUGUUGCGAAACCCGAUAUCGAUGUGCAGCGGCGGUGGCGGAGAUGGGGACUGGGGCAAGAGCGUGGCGGGGAGUGGGCACGACCGGGAGGCGGUGGAGCAGCUGUCGCGGGACGACGAGUACAGCAUGAGCGCGGGCAUCCUCCCGUCCCUCGGGGGCAAGACCAGCCGCAGGGUCAAGCUGCGCCGCUUCAUCAUUUGCCCCUUCGAUUACCGCUACAGACUCUGGCAAACAUUUCUGGUGCUUCUAGUCUUCUACACCGCAUGGGUGUCACCAUUUGAGUUUGGAUUUCUCGAGAAACCACAGGGACCUCUGGCGAUAGCGGACAACGUCGUCAAUGGAUUUUUUGCAAUCGACAUCAUAUUGACCUUCUUUGUAGCUUAUUUGGAUAAGGCUUCAUAUCUUCUAGUCGAUGACAGGAAGAAGAUUGCUUUGAGAUAUGUGACUACUUGGUUGGCCUUUGAUAUUAUCUCAACCAUCCCCUUUGAAGUUGUUAGAAGUAUUUUACCGUCUCCUCUCAAGCAGUAUGGCAUAUUUAACAUGCUUCGACUUUGGCGUCUUCGAAGAGUCAGUUCGAUGUUUGCCAGAUUGGAGAAAGAUAAAAACUUUAACUACUUUUGGGUACGGUGUGCGAAGCUGACCUUUGUUACUCUAUUUGCAGUGCACAUGGCCGCAUGCUUCUACUAUCUUCUUGCUGCACGCUACAAAGACCCAAAGAACACAUGGAUUGGGCUUUCAAUGGGGGAUUUCCACAAUAAGAGUCUGGGGCUUCGUUAUGUUACAUCGAUAUAUUGGUCGAUAACCACGCUUACUACCACUGGCUAUGGUGAUUUGCAUCCUGUGAAUACGAGAGAGAUGAUAUUUGACAUCUUCUACAUGUUCUUCAAUCUAGGACUGACUGCUUAUUUGAUCGGAAAUAUGACCAACUUGGUCGUCCAUGGCACCGGCCGAACCAGAAGAUUUAGAGACACAAUCCAAUCAGCGUCAAAUUUUGCACAGAGGAACCAAUUGCCCGUUCGCCUGCAAGACCAAAUGCUGGCUCACAUAACUUUGCGAUAUAGAACUGAUUCAGAAGGUCUUCAGCAGCAGGAAUUUCUUGAAGCCCUUCCUAAAGCCAUCCGAUCAAGUAUCUCACACUUUUUGUUCUAUUCGCUGGUUGACCAGGUGUACUUGUUCCGAGGGGUUUCGAAUGACCUGCUUUUUCAGCUGGUGUCAGAGAUGAAAGCUGAGUAUUUUCCUCCGAAAGAAGAUGUGAUCCUGCAGAAUGAAGCGCCCACAGACUUGUACAUACUGGUCACUGGUACUGUGGAACUUAUUGUGCAAAGAAAUGGAAUAGAACAGGCAAUUGGUGAGGCAAAGAAAGGAGAUGUCUGCGGCGAAGUAGGCGUUCUCUGUUACCGGCCACAGCUUUUUACAGUCAGGACUAAAAGAUUGAGCCAGCUUCUACGUUUAAAUCGUACGUCCUUUCUGAAUAUCGUUCAGGCCAAUGUUGGAGAUGGAACAAUUAUCAUGAACAAUCUACUUCAGCAUUUGAAAGAAUGGAGGCACCCGCUGAUGGAAGAACUACUGAAUGAGACGGAGCACAUGCUCGCUCGGGGGAAUAUGGAGUUGCCUCUCAGCUUAUGUUUUGCAGCAAUGAGAGGCGACGAUCUACUAUUGCACCAGCUUUUGAGACGCGGUUUAGAUCCAAACGAAGUAGAUAAAAACGGAAGGACGGCAAUGCAUAUUGCAGCAUCUAUUGGAAGUCAACAUUGCGUGACCCUUCUUCUAGAGUUCGGAGGAGAUCCUAACAUCAAAGAUUCUGAAGGUAGUGUUCCUCUUUGGGAUGCCAUAGUAGGGAAGCAUGAAUCCGUGAUUAAGCUACUUUUAGACAAUGGUGCAACGAUUUCAUCAAUCGAAGUGGGCCAUUUUGCUUGCGCUGCCGUUGAGCAAAACAAUCUAGAACUUCUCAAAGACAUAGUCAAGUAUGGCGGGGAUGUAACACUGCCCACUAGCAAUGGAACUACACCUCUUCACACGGCUGUAUCCGAGGGCAACAUCGAGAUAGUUCAGUUCCUGUUAGACCAAGGAGCCGAUGUUGAUAAGCCCGAUGUAUACGGAUGGACCCCGAGGGCUUUGGCAGAUCACCAGGGCCACGAAGAUAUAAAGCUUUUGUUCCAAACGAAAAGAGUAAUCAUUGUCUCAAGUGGGCAAGGGUUUGGACAUCCUGAUAGUAUCUCUAAUAAACGGGAGGUGCCGUAUCUUGCCAAGUACCCAAGCGAGCCCUUGAUACCUUCGGCCCUCAGUCAGCACUCGAGUGAGCCCUCGAUCCCUCCAUUUGUACAGGAUUCCAUGCCAACUAUUGCAGAGGUUAAUUGGUCAGAUAAUCGACGUCGCCGUAAAGCCAACAAUUUUCAGAAUUCUCUUAUUGGGAUCAUGUCAGCUGCAAAUACAGGUGAGAAGGACAUUAUUUCAUCUCCUGGCAAGUUUGUUAAUUGGAAAUUAGGCAACCCCCCGGCUCGUGUAACGCUCAGCUGCCGAGAGAAGGGUGAACUCGCCAGUAAGCUUGUGCUGCUGCCUGAGUCUAUUCAAGAACUUCUCCACAUUGGUGGUAGGAAAUUCGGAUUGAAUUUUACGAAAGUUCUGAGCAAAGACGGAGCGGAAAUCGAAGAGAUAGAGCUCGUUAGAGAUGGCGAUUUUCUUAUACUGGUUGCAGAAGACGGAGAUGAUAACUCACAUCUACCAAGGAAAAAAGAGUCAAAGGAUACAGAAUUCCUCUCUAGAUCACAAUAAGCAAUUCGCUAAUUGAGAUCUCAAGCUCGAGGGUGCAGUAAUUGCUGGUGUGAUUUGGACAUAUAACGUUUUUCGGGGUUUCGUUUCGUUUUCAGUAUUUCUCCCAUACACCGCAUGUUUAGUUUAGAGUAUACAUGGAGGGAACAGAAAGAAAUGAAGGAUUUUAGUGAAGAUAGAUGGCUUACACACUUCACAGUGAAUGCCAUGAAGUGGAGAUAAAGUGUUGGAAUCAGCUAAGCGGGUUGAAGUUUGAAUUUUUGGUUGGAUGACUGUACUAUGGAUAAACUCAGUGAACCUUCUUCCCGGUCGUUUGUAAAUUGAUACAGAUAAAGAAUUUAUCGAUACAGGAUGUUUUUGCCAA